UUCAGAUAUUAGAAGUAAACAAAGUACACGCAUAUCAUUUGAAGCGAACGAAGUGAAAUGAUAACAUGCCGUCUCUCAAAGUUCGUUUUCUUCUCUUGUUCCUCGUUUCAACGAUGAUUUUGCAGCACGGAAACGUUGUGAGUGGAAGUCGAUGGAUAAAAAUCAGUCGUCAUUUGGUGUGCUUUGGGGCAAGGGGAAACCAAUAUGGCUCCUUCCGAAACUAUGUUAAAGAGGGUAAGGUCGCUGCCAUCAAACUUGUCUAUCAGCACGGCUAUGUUCGCUGUGCUAAUAGUGCAGUCUACAACAGCCGAUGGGGAUGUGGAAUAUACACUGUAAGGAACUUUGUAAAUGUAGUUGUAACAGAUGAACAUAAUCAAAUUCUCUUUCCAAGAAAAGAUCUUUACAGCUCGUAAGUUUACAAGAGAUAA